AUGAAUUAUCAUUCUCCUAUACCUAAUUCUAGUAAAGGAAAACAUGUUCUAACAUUAAAAAAUAUCUCCUUACUCUCUUCGAAUCUUAGUAAUACAAGUUCAAACUUUCAACAAAUCAACAUCCUCUGGCUGUUCCAAGAAAAUAGCUCUGCAUGUAUGUUCAACAGAACAAAUCGCACACCCUGUGAAGCUACACCACGAUAUCCACGAAGAGGUCGCCCAACAUUAUCCCAGAUGGGUCCAACAACAAUACCUACUAGUAAUAACCUUCAAGCUGCCUUGGAUGCUAACCCCAUGCCAAAUAUAGCUGAACAAAAUAAUGAAACACAUAGUUAA